AGCAGCUUGUGUCCUUAGAAACAUUCCAAACCAAAACUUAAGCAGAUGAUUUCAAUCAAGUCAUCUGGAAAUGCACUCACUCCCAGGUGAUCGUCCGUUGCUUCUGUUAAGACCAUUUUUGGAUGGGGUGUUUUAAAGGAAUUGUAGCUAUAGGAUACAUCAAUGAAGCUAUUGAUGAAGGGAAUCCUUGGAGGACCUUAGAAACCUUGCUGUUACCGACAGCAAAUGUUAGAGAUGUGGACCCAGCUUGUGCCCAGCACUACCAGGAUGUUUUAUACCAUGCCAAGUCACAAAAACUCAAGAACCCUGACAGUGCUUCUAAAGUUCUCUGGCUGGAUGAGAUACAGCAGGCUGUUGAUGAAGCCAACAUGGACAAGGACACAGCAAAGCAAUGGGUUACACUAGUUGUUGAUGUUAAUCAAUGCUUGGAAAGAAAAAAGUCAAGUGAUGCUUUAUCUGUAUUGAAGUCUUCUACUCACAAUGCAAAUAACAUAAUCCCUGAAUGUGCUGACAGGUACUACGAUGCCCUUGUAAAGGCAAAAGAACUCAAAUCUGAAAGAGUGUCUGAUGAAGGUUCAUGGCUCAAAUUCAACCUCCAGGAGAAAUAUGACUAUUAUUACAACAUUGAUUCAGAAGAGAGCUGCUGGGUCACACCUGAAUCAUGCUUGCAUAAAGAAUCAUGGCUCACAGGAGAAGAAAUUGAGGAUGUUAUUGAGGAAGUCACAGUAAAUUACAUCCGUGAGAGUAUAUGGUCUGCUUCAGAAGAUUUGCUUCUUCGCUUUCAAGCCACAAACUCAGGAACUGCUCUUAGGGAAGAGUUUGAAGCUAGGAAAUCAUUUUUGUAUGAACAAGAAGAGAAAGUGGUCAAAAUACAGGCUUUUUGGAAAGGACAUAAACAACAGAAGGCAUAUCUGCACAGGCGGCAGAUGUUCAACGAUAACAUUGAUUCUAUCGUGAAGAUUCAGUCCUGGUUCCGAAUGGUAACAGCAAGAAAGAACUACCUUUCACGACUGCAGUAUUUCAGAGACCAUACUAAUGAGAUUGUGAAAAUACAGUCACUAUUGAGAGCAACCAAAGCUAGAGAUGACUACAAAACACUAGUUGGCUCUGAAAACCCACCCUUACCAGUUAUUCGCAAAUUUGUGCACCUAUUGCAUCAGAGUGACUUGGAUUUCCAGGAGGAACUGGAGGUAGCACGAUUAAGAGAAGAAGUGGUGACAAAGAUUAGAGCCAAUCAACAGCUGGAGAAAGACCUGAACCUGAUGGACAUCAAGAUUGGACUCCUGGUGAAGAACAGGAUCACACUGGAGGAUGUAAUUUCACACAGAACAAAGCUGAAUAAGAAAAAAGGAGGAGAAAUGGAAAUAUUUAACACUGACAACCAAGGAAUUAAAAGUUUGAGUAAGGAGAGAAGGAAAAUACUAGAAACAUAUCAGCAGCUGUUUUACCUUUUACAGACCAACCCGUUAUAUUUGGCUAAGCUGAUUUUCCAGAUGCCACAGAACAAGUCAACUAAAUUUAUGGAUACUGUUAUUUUCACACUAUACAAUUAUGCUUCUAAUCAGCGAGAAGAAUAUCUACUACUCAAGCUUUUUAAAACUGCUCUGGAGGAAGAAAUAAAAUCGAAGGUAGACCAGGUGCAAGACAUAGUCACUGGCAACCCUACAGUCAUCAAGAUGGUUGUCAGCUUCAACAGAGGUGCCCGGGGUCAGAACACCCUGCGCCAGCUCCUGGCUCCAGUGGUGAAAGAGAUCAUUGAUGACAAGUCCCUGAUCAUCAACACAAGCCCUGUAGAGGUAUACAAGGCUUGGGUGAACCAACUAGAAACACAGACUGGAGAGGCCAGCAAGCUGCCUUACGAUGUGACCACAGAACAAGCACUCACAUACCCAGAAGUGAAAAAUAAACUGGAGGUGUCUAUUGAGAACCUGAGAAGGGUCACCGACAAAGUCCUGAAUUCUAUCAUUUCCUCCCUUGAUCUACUGCCUUAUGGAUUGAGGUAUAUAGCCAAAGUACUGAAGAAUUCCAUCCAUGAGAAAUUCCCUGAUGCAACAGAAGAUGAGCUAUUAAAGAUUGUUGGAAACCUCCUGUACUAUCGGUACAUGAACCCGGCCAUCGUGGCCCCCGACGGCUUUGAUAUCAUCGACAUGACAGCCGGGGGUCAGAUCAAUUCCGACCAGAGGAGGAACUUGGGAUCCGUGGCCAAGGUUCUUCAGCACGCAGCCUCCAACAAGCUGUUUGAAGGAGAAAAUGAGCAUCUGUCAUCUAUGAACAAUUAUUUAUCAGAGACGUAUCAGGAAUUCCGGAAAUAUUUCAAAGAAGCAUGUAAUGUCCCUGAGCCAGAAGAGAAGUUUAAUAUGGACAAAUACACAGACUUGGUGACAGUCAGCAAGCCAGUCAUUUAUAUUUCAAUUGAAGAAAUCAUCAACACACAUUCACUCCUGUUGGAACACCAGGAUGCGAUCGCCCCUGAGAAAAAUGACUUACUGAGUGAGUUGCUGGGGUUGCUAGGAGAGGUACCUACCGUGGAAUCUUUUCUUGGGGAAGGAGCAGUUGACCCCAAUGACCCUAACAAGGCAGAUACACUAAACCAGCUCUCAAAGACUGAGAUUUCUCUUUUUUUGACCAGCAAAUAUGACAUAGAGGAUGGUGAAGCUAUAGAUGGACGAAGCCUCAUGAUCAAGACCAAAAAGCUGAUAAUUGAUGUGAUCCGGAACCAGCCAGGGAACACGUUGACAGAAAUCCUAGAGACACCAGCCACUGCACAACAGGAAGCCGAUCAUGCUGCAGACAUGGUGAGCCGUGCAGUGAUCGAUUCCAGGACUCCAGGAGAAACGAAAGAUAGCCAGCCUAUGAUGGAAGAUACACAGCUGCCUCUUGAGCAGAAGAAGAGGAAAAUCCAGAGGAACCUUCGGACGUUGGAACAGACCGGACGUGUGUCAUCCAAAAAUAAAUACCAAGACAUUCUCAACGAGAUUGCCAAGGAUAUCCGAAAUCAAAGAAUCUAUCGUAAGCUUCGAAAAGCUGAAUUGGCAAAACUUCAGCAGACCCUGAAGGCACUUAACGAGAAGGCAGCAUUUUAUGAAGAGCAAGUUGAUUAUUAUGACACCUACAUAAAGACGUGUUUAGACAACUUAAAAAGGAAAAAUACUCGGAGAUCCAUUAAACUGGAUGGAAAAGGAGAACCCAAGGGGGCAAAGAGGGCGAAGCCGGUGAGGUACACAGCGGCAAAGCUGCAUGAGAAGGGCAUCCUGCUGGGGAUCGAUGACCUUCAGACAAACCAGUUUAAGAAUGUUACAUUUGAUAUCAUAGCUACUGAAGAUGUGGGCAUUUUCGACGUCCGAUCAAAAUUCCUUGGUGUUGAGAUGGAAAAGGUGCAGCUUAAUAUCCAGGACCUACUUCAGAUGCAGUAUGAAGGAGUGGCUGUAAUGAAAAUGUUUGAUAAGGUUAAAGUGAAUGUAAACCUUCUCAUAUACUUGCUGAACAAGAAAUUCUAUGGAAAGUGAUGUGCCUGCAGACAUUUCAUGGAUUCGCUAUCAUCUGGAUUAGGAAAUGAAUUUGUUUAGUAUUUUUGUUUUUAAACAUGAUUGAAAUCACUGUUUAUAAUGUGUGAUGUUUUAUAAGACCAAAACUGUUCUGAAGAAUGUACCCAUGUGCCUUUUUGAUCAUUGGAUACUGCAGUGGAAUGAUUCGCAGAAUGAAUUGAUGUAAGCACAUGCACAUUGUUCUGUGGUUAUAGGUACUCUAAUUUAAAACUUUGAACAUCUUUUGAUCUGUUUUAAAGUAAGAGGAAAAAUUUAACUGACUAGGGACAAACAUGCAAACCUAUUUUCCUAUAAAAAAAUUUUAAAUGUCCCACUUGAAUAAUGUAAUUCUUCGUAGACUUUUUUUAUCUGUGGAGAAAUUGAAACCUAAUUGUUUGUAAUGAAUUAUUUAGACAGAUAGUUCUAAGCCCUGUCUUCUGGGAGUUAUCAAUUUUAAAGAGAACUUUCGUGCAAUUCAAAAUGAAGUUUUUAUAAGUAAUUGAAAAUGACAAUACAAUAACACUUUCUGUAUAAAAGUAUAUAUUUUAUGUGAUUUAUUCCUACUAAAUGAAAGUGCACUACUGCCUCAUGUGAAGACUCAUUCCAGAGCCUGUGCGUGACGAGGGAAUGACCCGAUGGAGACGUGGCCACCUCCACCCUCACAGUUUAUUGAACACUUCAAUUGUGCCUCUUGAUUUUUUGUAAUGCUAUAAAAUCAGUAUCUAGAUUGUUUUUAAAUGUAUUCUUUGGAAAUUGUUUUAUGUAAAAUAAACAUUACUUAAUUACAUUAA